AUGUUUACAAAAACAGCAAUUGAAUUAAUUAAAGAAUUAAGAGGAACAGAUUCAAUACCUCAUUAUAAUGAUACAUCAAUUAAGGCGACCAUCGAUGAAAUGAUAGCAUUAUAUGAAGAUUUGAUUAAAACUAUUACUGAACAUAAAGAACAAAAAAAAGAACCAUUUUAUUUACAACAUGCAAUUACAUUUCAUAAUAGUAUUAAUAGAGAUAAAAGAUGUAUUUUAGCUUAUUUAAAUGAAAGAUUGAAUAGAAUUAAAGAGUACAGGUGGAGUUCAGGUCAAAGUUUAUUACCAGAUCAAUUAAAAGAGAGAUUAUCACAAAAUGAAAUUCAAUUCUUUUCAGAAUAUGAUAAAAUUUUAACAGAAUACAAUUCAAAGGUUGGUUUAGAUUUAACAAUUGAUCCACAACCACCUAAAGAAUUAUAUAUUGAAGUUAGAGUAAUUAAAGAACUUGGUGAAGUAGUUUUAAACUCUGGAUGUACUGUAAAUUUAAAUUUAAAUACAACUCAUUUUUUAAAAAGAUCUGAUAUUACAAAUCUUGUAAAAAAUGGUUCACUUGAACAUAUAAUUUAA